AUGUUAUCCCAAGCUGUGAUUACUCAAGUGAGUCGAGGGGUGGAUGCUUCUCAAGUUGUGACUACUCCGGCUUCGAGGGUUACAGAUUUCAUGAGGAUGAACCCUCCCGAGUUUCAUGGGUCCAAAGUUAAUGAGGAUUUCAAAGAAUUCAUUGAUGAAUUAUACAAGAUUGUUAGUAUCAUGGGAGUUUCUUUAGGAGUGCUGAACUGCUAUGCUUAUCAAGGAGAUGGAUACCUCUAUGCCGAUCAAAUUGAAGGAGAAAAGCUUAAGAGGGGAAUUCAAGGGAGUCCAAGAGAGCUCGAUAUGAAGGUGAGUUUUCUCACAACAAAUCCGAUGGUGGAAAUGGUCAUUUCUGACAAGGAAAAAAGUUUCAAGUCAAGGUCCUUCAACACUCCAUCUCCAAAGUUUGAGAAAGACAAAGUUCCAAAUCCUAAGGCACAAAUUGGAGCUUCGGAUGGUCAAGUUGACCCUCCAUAUAAGAAGUGUGGGAAAAACCAUAAAGGAGAGUGCUUAGCGAGUUUAGAUAUUUGUUUCAAUUGUGGAAAGUCCGGUCAUCAUGCUAGGAAGUGUAGGGAUGGGACUAGGCCCUAA